AUAAACAAUUGAUGAUUUCCAAUCUUUGUUGUCCUUUACUACAAUUUAUAAGUUGUUCAUUUUCAAAACAACUCUUUUUAAGGGACGGAUGGAGUAAUAAUUAAUGCUACCGAGCAUUUAAAAAAUGUUUUCUUGAUUGUUACUCCGGGGUAUUGUAUAAGCACCAGAAAUCAAAAGAGAGUGUUGUUUAGCUGCGUAAAUGAAUUACUCUAGAUAAUCGUUUAAUGUGCUCAAUCAUCAUUUUCGUGAGGUAUACCAGUAGAAGUCCCUUUUGAGUGCUUUGUGUUGGUUAUUUUUGGAUAUACUUCCCCACUUGUGGGACCGUACUGGGUUGUUGUAUCUUUUGACAUACCGAGAGACAAAGUAUGCUGUUUUUUUAAGCGUACUGUAUCUCUUUUACUGUCAGCUAUCAAUACUAUCAUACCAAGACCAGAAAUUUUACAGAAUGCUCCCUUUAAUUAGCUAAUUGCUAUAGAAGAAGCUAUCCCAUCAGCGUUUCUAUUUCUUGGUGGGGUGAUGGGUAAAGGAGAGGGAAACACAUUCUUGAAUUAUCAUUCUUGUAAUGUCGUCUGAUGAAUGCAGCUUAUAACUUAAUCUGUCAACAUUGGUGGGAAAGAGAUGUUCAUUGAACGAUUUGGAAAAAAUGUGGCACGCUGCUACAAAGAGUAAUUUACACAUUCACUUGUUCAUUCAUGCGCUUGGUAAUUAAUCAGUUCUUUAAGUGACAUGCAGUAGCACCACCUCCACCGAGUGAUCCUACAGUGAAGAAAGUUGCAGAUAAAUUGGCAAGUUUUGUGGCCAAGAAUGGUAGACAGUUUGAGAAUGUUACCCGCCAAAAAAAUCCCGGUGACACUCCCUUUAAGUUCUUAUUUGAUGAAAGCUGUCCUGACUAUAAGUACUAUGAAUAUCGGCUUGUUGAAGAGGAAAAGGCUCUUUCACAAACCAGAGACUCUCAAACUCCACAAAGUGGAGGCUCAAGAUCUUCUAUCCUCAAUUCGGGUAGCAGCUCUCAGAAGUCAAUUCAGCAAAAGUCGAAUUAUCAAAUUCCUGCAUCAGCUUUGUAUGACAUGUCAGAUUCUCCCAGCAGAGCUUCUGCAGGACCACCAUCAUCGGCAGAUCCAAUAGCAAUGAUGGAAUAUUACAUGAAGAAGGCUGCAGAUGAAGAGAAAUCAAGGCCUCCAAAGUCAUCAAAGGGCGAGAUGCCUCCACCCCCUUCCCUUAAAGGAGGAAGCCCGGCUUUGGGCAAGAAAGGGCAUCACAUGGGAGAUUAUAUCCCGCCUGAGGAGCUUGCCAAGUUCAUGGCUGCCUGCAAUGAUGUGGGUGCACAGAAAGCUGCCAAGGAGCUUGCUGAGAGGUCCAAAAUUCAGGCUGAUAAUAUUGGUCACAAACUGCUGGCUAAAAUGGGAUGGAAGGAAGGUGAAGGUCUGGGGAGUUCUAGAAGCGGAAUUGCAGAUCCAAUUGUUGCAGGUGAAGUGAAGUCAAACAACCUCGGUGUCGGUGCUCACAACCCUGGAGAAGUAACUCCAGAAGAUGACAUUUAUGAGCAGUACAAGAAGCGAAUGAUGCUUGGCUAUCGCCACCGCCCUAAUCCUCUGAACAAUCCUCGGAAGCAAUACUACUGAGACAUUUCAUUUCGUGAUCUCUCUGUCUCUCCUCUUAAGGAAAAGAUUGAUUCCCUUUGAAGUUUGUAUCUUUAUUACAGAUUGAUUGAUUGAUUGAAUCACUUGCCUACAAAGAUUGUAUUAUUUAAUGCUGGAAUUUUAGUCUGUGUUGGCGGUUUAUAUAUCAUAAUAGCCCGUUUCUGGAAUGAAUCUGUGUGUAUGGA